CCGGUUGUUUAUAUACAGAUCGAGUUCUGCGUAAUAAUUGAUAUAUUCUGUGUAUACGAUAAGUUAUCGCAUUGAUAGCGAAUGUUUCUGCAGAAAAGGCGCUGGAGUACUAAGACCGCGGGAGCAAUCAGAAAUUGAUAGGUUAUGUCUAGUCCUGAGAAAAGUGUGUGAGUUCCACAGCAAUAACAAGAUUCAUCCCCUGGAAUAAAUUUUUAACAAUGAAGUGCACGAUUCCAGAGAUCUCCUGGCACAAUCGUGACCCAGUGUUGAGUAUCGAUAUUCAGCGAACAGAAAAAAAAUCGGAUGAAGAUCCAUUUUGGCGUUUGGCAACCGGUGGAGCUGACACUCACGUUCUCAUUUGGCACCUGAGAGUGAACGACCUGGGGGCAGCUUCUGUGUCAUGUGUAGCUGACCUGGAACGUCACCAGAAGGCUGUGAACGUCGUGAGAUUUUCACCAUCAGGCGAAAUACUGGCAACAGGUGACGACGAGUCAGCAAUCAUCCUCUGGAAACAGAAAGAAGAAUCCGUGGAGAUUCCCUCCCUGGACGACGAAAAUUUUGUGAAUAAGGAGCAGUGGACAGUUUGGAAAGUCCUGAGGGGUCAUCUGGAGGAUAUUUACGACAUAUCCUGGUCCCCAGACUCGAAUUUUAUAGUGUCAGGGUCUGUGGACAAUAGUGCCAUCGUCUGGGAUGUGCAGAAGGGCAGAAACAUUAGUAUUCUUCAAGAUUACAAGGGUUUUGUUCAGGGGGUAUCCUGGGAUCCUCUCAAUCAGUCAAUCGUAACCUUGAGCACAGACAGACACUGCAGACUUAUCGAUGUCAAGACUAUGAAGACAGUGCAGAGGGUCCACAAAGCUGUCAUACCGACUCCUGAGGGGCAUCCCCUGGAGGGACAGACUGUCAGAAUUUUUCACGAUGAUACAUUCAAAUCUUUCUUCAGGCGACUUACUUUCACCAUUGAUGGAUCGCUUAUUAUUGCCCCUUCUGGCAUCAUCGAGCCCCAGGACUCCAGUCAACGAAUAUCAUAUGCCACAUUUGUCUUCUCCAGACAUAGCCUCAAGGAACCUGUACUUGUUCUUCCCUCUGUCGAUGAGAGCACCAUUGCUGUCAGGUGCUGUCCUGUUUACUUUCAGCUCAGAGAGCAGGGACCUGUUGCUGUCUUUGCUCUACCUUACAGAAUGAUUUUUGCCGUGGCCACACAGAAAUCCGUUCUCAUUUAUGACACUCAACAAAUUGCUCCCAUAGCUGUUGUAUCGAAUAUACAUUAUACGAGACUUACCGAUGUCGCCUGGUCAUCAGACGGACAGAUGCUGGUGGUCUCCUCCACAGACGGCUACUGCUCAAUCAUUCACUUCCAGAAGGGUGAACUGGGAGAAAUCUAUACAGGAGACAAAACGAUCCCCUUAAAAUCCCCCCAAGUCAGCUCCAGGACAAGCCCCGAAGGGAAAUCCACUUCAAAAAUCCCGCCCAAAGUGGAGCCAGAGAAAAUCCUAGAAUUCGACACAGACGCAAUGGACAUUGACAUAGCUGAGAAAAUCCUCUCGAAAGAGUCCGAAGCCGCUCUUCCCAAGGACAACGCAGCUCCUCAGCUAACAGAAGACACAGAGGACAUAAAAUUAAUCUUUGAACCCAACACCUGCGACGUUCCCCCAGAACCUGAGAAAAUCACUCCACCCAAGGCUGAACCUGAAAAUCCCUCCAAGGGUACGCCCUCCAAGGCAGACGUCAUCCCUGUGCUGUCCUCCAGAACCCCCAGACGAGUGAAAUUAAUCACUUUAUCCAGCCCCAAACGUCCUAAAGAGGACCUGUAAAUAUUUUGACUGAAACGUCACGAUU